CUUCUCUUUUUCUCCCCCCUUCAUCGAGCUAUUUCUUUUUCACUUUCAUUUUUUUUUACUUUUUGCACCCCCUCCUGGCCUUUCAUUUCACUUUUUCUAUUCUCUUCACAUUCCAUUUCCUUUCUUUUUAUCUCAUGGCUGACGAAAUCACCACGAUUUUUGUUGUCGGGUUCCCCGACGACAUGAAGGAGCGCGAGUUCCAAAAUAUGUUUACGUUUUCGCCGGGGUUCGAGGCGGCCACGCUCAAGGUGCCGGGUCCCGAAGAGUCGAUCGACAAAGACGGGAACCUGCAGAAGAAGCAAAUUAUUGGGUUUGCAAAGUUUCAUACACGGCUCGAGGCCCUGGAAGCGCGGGAUAUUCUGACUGGACGCAAGGUGGAUGCCGAUAAAAACUGCGUGCUGAAGGCAGAGAUGGCCAAGAAGAACCUGCACACGAAGCGGGGGCUGUCGUCGCUGGGGGCCCUGGCAACGGGCACCACGGCGACCUUCGGGCUAGACAGCCCCUCGACCGUGCUCAGCGGGUACCAGCAGGUGCCGAUGACAGCGGGGCUGUCGACAGCGGGACUGCAGACAGCCGGCCUGCAGACGCCGCUGGCGCCAAGCGCGCUGCUGGCGAGCCGGCCAGAGAAGCUCCGAAUUGCGUCGAUGCGCAGCUUCAAUCCGUUCAACGACGGGUCGUUGCAGUCAGCGCCGGUGCUGGGGAACGGGCGACAGUUCCAGCUGCGGCAGGACCAGUACACGUCGGCGUUUGCAGAGGCGUCGGGCGGGUUCUACCAGAACGAGCUGUCGGCGCUGGACAUGCACGUGGGUGCGCCGAAGCCGCCGGGCUCGGCCUUGAGCAUUCCGUACUCGGCACUGGCGAGCGCCGGGCUGCUGGGUCCGACGACGCCCGGGCUGGUGUUGCCUAUGGCGACCACGCGCAGCGUCAACUCGAACGACCAGAACCCGCCGUGCAAUACUUUGUACGUGGGCAAUCUGCCGGUGGGCGCGUCUGAGGAGGAGCUGAAGCUGGUGUUCCGCAAUGCCCCCGGAUACAAGCGCAUGUCGUUCCGCACCAAGCCCAACUCCGGGCCCAUGUGCUUUGUCGAGUUCGAGGCAAUCGACUACGCGACGCUGGCCAUGCAUGAGCUGGACGGCCGCAAGCUGUCGAGCUCCGUUGGCGGCGGCAUCCGGCUGUCGUACUCGAAGAACCCGCUGGGCGUGCGC